GUAUAAGCAAAAUUUCUACAGUCUUCAAUUCCUCAACAUCAAUUUUUGUCAAUAUCUCAACACCAAUUUUUGACAAAAAUUUAAAUACUCUUUAAGUUAUAUUAUCGAUGGAUUACUCAAACUAUUGGAAUAAAUUAACCAAUAAGUACACUAUGCGGCGAGUCGCUUCCGAUAUGGUUGGCUAGCUACCGGACUCCGGACGCCAGUUGCUCGGCGGUUAGUCCCUGGCCCCGGUUCGACCCCCACACACGUCCAACUUACUUCAAACUUUAAUUCAACGUGCAUGUAAAAUAACAACGUUCGAAAAUUACUAAACGUUGGCGUAACCAGUUUUGGAAUAUUUGAUAAAACAUUUUCAUUACAGUGUUGUUUCGAAAUUUGAAUUUAACGGUCAAGUUCGAAGUUAAUAAACAGUUAAAUUGUUGUGUUUAUCGAUAAAAUAAGAAUAAUAAAAGUUAAGUGUAAUUGUCAUAAUUAUAGUGGAUAGUAAAAACGUUUGGAUCACGGUUUGGACUCGAUUUUCAAGGAUGUGGUGGUUGCUGAAGUUAUCAAUCGUUAUGCAAUGUGUCAACUCCGUACGGAUAACGCACAUGCGUGUACCAGAAGUCAUUCAGUACGGCACCAAGGACUCCAUCACGCUGGACUGCGACUACGUGACCAGUAACGUGACGGGGCUGGUAGUUAAGUGGUUCUUCAAUUACCGGGAGCAGCCCGUAUACCAAUGGAUACCCCCGCAGAAGCCGCAAGCAUUGGGGAUAUUAAAAGACAAACUCGAUCUCAACUACAGGGUAUCCCACAAUGCGUACACGCAGCAUCGAGCGCUGCGGAUCCUGUCUCCUAGCACAGAUCUUACGGGGAACUACACAUGUGUCGUCUCCACAUUCUUGGCUGAAGACGACAAGACCAGACCGAUGACCAUAUUUGUGCCAGAAACACGCUUCGACAUGAUACAAGAUAGGCUGGACGACGGAUACCUCAACAUCAUUUGUUCAGCAGAAGGAGUGUUUCCGAAGCCGGAGCUCAUUAUCUUAGCAGGAAAUAGGCCUUUGAACGCGAAGACCACCAUCAAACUGCUGGAAGGCCGGUAUACUGCGCUCACCAGCGCCGUGGUCAGGGUCGACGCUUUGCCCCCGACUGUGGAGAUUCUCUGCGACAUGCAAGUGCCGCUCGCCAACUACUUUAGUAGGAAACGGGAUAUAUUUUAUAGAGAUCCACCUGUUACGCCUCCUGAAUCAUCAAAUUCAAUGCAUACGUCUGCACCAGAUAGUGGUAUUAAUGUUGCUCCAUAUUGGAUCGUCAUGGUCUCAUUAAUAUCUGUACAUUUUAUAACUAUACCAAAUUCAUGAUUUAUUUGCUAUUAAUAAUAAGGCCUAGCCUAGUAAACAAAUCUGUAACAUAUUCGUUGUAGAUAAGGAGCAAGCUGUAAGAUAAAUGACGAUGUUAUUAAUUCUUAUAAAGAAUGUAUAUAUAUUUGUAGUUAGUUUUACUCAAGAUAAUUUCGUCAGAAUAUUUGUGAAUAAGCCAAAGAUUCUUGUAUGUUAGGAGGCAAGACAGACAUAAUUUAUCCAAAGAAAUCAGAGUCAUUUUGAAACCCUUUAAUUUAAAUAACUAUAUUACUACGUGAUUUCUACGUCUACUCAAUCAAUAUGAGUUUUACAGAUAAAAUAGGUUUCUAAUGUCAGUCUCAGUUUGUAAUGAGUUUCAUGUCAUUUAUAUUUCUGCCUAAGAAACUAACAAUCGAAUGGGGACUAAUAUGUUUGGUUGACUUUAAGAAAAUGAGAUGUGAAUUUAGAAAAUUAAUGUUUCACUGUAUUAUUUUACCAUGGAAGCUGAUAAGUCUGAUACGAUAUGUGGGGAUUCGAAUUGUCAAUAUUAUAAUAAUAUUAAUAUCAUAAACUAUUAUUUACAAUAUUUGGAUUUGCAAUAUACGCCGUGUUUUUAUUGAAUUCCGUUAACUUUGGGGUAUCGGUAAGGACGUUUAAGGAAACUUAAUGGAAUAGUUAAUAAAAAAAAGGAAAUAAAUGUUGCAUAUAUAGCGUUGUUGUAACAUGGGCAUUACAUUCAACUCAACCAAACAAUUGAAAACGGUGACAUAUCAUUGUCAUUUCGAACAUCGAUCGUCCGAGAUAGCACUUACGUUUAGUAGCACUCGUACUAAACAUUAAUCAAUAUGUAAACAGGCCCUAAGGCUAGUGUACACGCUCGUAAAGGCCUUAUAAGAUAAAAAAUAAUUAUUGAUUAUCUCUGAAAUGGAGUUAAUUAGAAUACCGGUGUUUUUAAGAAAGUAAUUUAAGCUCAGGGAUGCACCCUUGAAAUUAACGGAAAUAAAAAAAAACACGGUGUAUAUACGUAGUGCAGUUGAGACUACCUUUCUUUAAGAGCUUUCUAAAAUUAGAUAUGUCUCUGCAUACAAUAUGAAGGGGGAAAGUGGCACCGAGGAGCCAGGUUUUAAGAGAUAUUUGCAUUAUUUCGGUAGUUUCGGAGCGUAUUCAAAUGCGUUUAAAGUUUGUAGGAGACGGUAAAAUAGUGUACUUAGUAAGAAUAAAAAAAGCGGCCAAGUGCGAGUCGGACUCGCCCAUGAAGGGUUCCGUACCAUUUAUGACGUAUUUAAAAAACUACUUACUACUCGUAGAUCUCGUUCAAACCAAUUUUCGGUGGAAGUUUUCAUGGUAAUGUACAUCAUAUAUUUUUUUUAGUUCAUUCUGUUAUUUUAGAAGUUACAGGGGGGGGGGGGGCACACAUUUUACCACUUUGGAAGUGUCUCUCACGCAAACUAUUCAGUUUAGAAAAAAUGAUAUUAGAAACCUCAAUAUCAUUUUUGAAGACCUAUCUAUAGAUACGAGUACCCCACACGUAUGGGUUUGAUGAAAAAAAAAAUGUUUGAGUUUCAGUUCUAAGUAUGGGGGACCCCCAAAAUGUAUUGUAUUUUUUUUCUAUUUUUGUGUGAAAAUCUUAAUGCGGUUCACAUAAUACAUCUACUUACCAAGUUUCAAUAGUAUAGUUUUUAUAGUUUCGGAAAAAAGUGGCUGUGACAUAACGGGCGGACAGACAGACAGACAUGACGAAUCCAUAAGGGUUCCGUUUUUUGCCAUUUGGCUACGGAACCUUAAAAAAUUAAAGUUACUACAAAGUUCGUUCUCAAACUACUGAAAUAAAUGCAAAAAGUGGCUCUUUCAAAACCGGGUUCCUUCUAUCCUGGUUGUUAUAUUCACUAUACUACACAUAUUGAUACCGCGUGUAUUUUUGAUAUAACCACAAACUUAAACGAGAUGUAGGUUUUAGUAGUAUGAAAUGAUUCUGAAGGAAAUUUUUAAUUUACUGUUAACCACAACCGCAUAAUUAAUUUUGUUAUUUUUUUUUCGAGCAACAAUGUAUUUCGUACAUCGUGAUUACUUGUGAUUGUGACAGUUGUGACGUCGCGUCAUUAAUGCGACGAUUUGAGUUAGCACAAAAUAGUGAUACAUUGCUGGCUAUAUUAUUAAAAUAAAAUAAAUAAAUAAAUAAAUAUUAUAGGACAUUAUUACACAAAUUGACUAAGUCCCACAGUAAGCUCAAUAAGGCUUGUGUUGAGGGUACUUAGACAACGAUAUAUAUAAUAUAUAAAUAUUUAUAAAUACUUAAAUACAUAGAAAACACCCAUGACUCGGGAACAAAUAUCCAUGCUAUUCACAUGAAUAAAUGCCCUUACCAGGAUUUGAACCCGGGACCAUCGGCUUCAUAGGCAGGGUCACUACCCACGAGGCCAGACCGGUCGUCAAAAAAUAAAAGUAAAAUAAAAGUCAAAUAUGAAAAAAUAAAAGUCGUCCAUUUUUUAUAAAACCUAAUGAAAGUGUGUUCAUUAAAGGCUUAACUAACUACCAUUUGAUUAUAUGGUCGUAUCAAAAAUACACGCUGUAUACAUAUACCGAGUGUGGCCUGUAACCCGAGCAAAAAAUUUAAAUGUAGGCUGUACUCCUCAAACUAACCAACAUUAAAUUUGUUCAGUGACUUUUAAAAAUUAUGAAGUGUUUUGUCUUCCUAUUUUUCAUACAAAAUAAAUAUUACCUUCAAUGUACACUGUCAUCAGUGUAAUUGACGUUUCUUGUCACCCUUUAAACAUAACAAAAUUCGCAAUACAUUGCGUCUUAGAAUAAACUUUAAAACGUUCUAAAAAUCAAUAUACAAGUUACUUAAAAAGUUGCUGAGCAAAUGUUGUUUAAUUUGAGGAGUACACCCGGUAUUUAUGAUACAUGUAUUAUACUGGUUGUAACUGUUUACUCGUAUGGUAUCUGGUGAAACGCCAUAACUUACUCUAUUUCUCUUCCCGAAUGAAUCAAGCUAAUUAAAGAUAUUAUUAUAAGAAUAAAUCAAGAUAUGAAUCAAGAUAACUAAAGAUCCUUUAUCAUUAUCAAUUUCGAACCUGCCAAUCUGGUCCCUUUAUUAUUUCAUCGCCCAAUUUUACGGUACCUACUUCGACAUUUUUCCAUUAGUUUGAACACAAUUAUAUAAGCUACUUAUAAAAAUAAAUUUAACUUCAGUAAAAGGAACUAUUUCAGAACAUUCCGAAUGAAAUUUAAUUACUUCGCUCUAGUCGGAAUCGAGAAUAAAACUAUUUCUUUAAGAA